CGAGGGGAGAAGGUGGUGGGCGCUGACCGUCAGCCUCAGCACGUCGAUCCUGGCUGGGGAAUGGCGCAGGCUGCCAGCUCCAUGGUCCUCGCCUGCCCGAGGGCGCCGUCGCCCUGCGGGAGGCCGGAAGGGACAAAAGCCAGAACGGAUGUUCAAGCAUGGUAUUUGAAAACUUCAAAGCUGGCUCUGGCCCUGGCAAUUAUUCGCUCAAAACCAGCAGACAAAAACAGCAGAGAAUACACAGAGUACCUUGCAAUGUUGAUGUCUGAGCAGGAGUUGAAGUGGAAAUCGAAAGUCAAAGCCUUAGAAGCAGAAGUUCUGCAAUUACGUCAAAAACUUCUGGGCAAGAUUUUUUCAGGAUCAUUUAAGAGUGGAAACUUAUCUGCCCAGUUGCAGUAUCAGAACCCUGAAAGUUCUGAAAAUACAUUAACUUUGAUGGACGAUUCUGGGUGUGAUUUAUCAAAUGAUCAGAGAAUGGAACCUUUAGAGCUGUCCCAGCAUUUUACAGAGAGCUGCACUCCAACACCCUUUCCACCAUUGCCUCUUCUGAAAAGAUCUGGUGCUACCUCAGAAAAUCCUCUGUCUUCUCACUUGCAGUUCUUGCAACAUCUAUUUGAACUGAAGAACUUGACAGAAUCAGGUAGUCUGAAAACAGGCUUAGCUCACUUUGAAAGAGACUCUUCCAUGAUCUCUGAUUCUGUUUUUCAGUUGUUGGAUGGCCUGAUCAUUUUUUACCGUAAUGUUAAGCUUCCUCUUUCAAGCUUUUGGACAGAAGCUGUUGGUACUUUAGCUAGACUGAUGAGUGAUUGUAAUUUAUCUAAUCAUAUUUUUAAAAAGUGUUCUAAGAAGUUAGAAGAAUUUGAGAAAACCUUACUACAGGUUAUAUUAGGAAACAACCACAUAAACCGGUUUCAGGUGCAGGAUUAUGUCUCUCAGAGUCUGGUAACCCUGGGAAGUUGCAGCUUGUUGAGAAAGUCUAUUAUAUCUCUGCUUUUAUCAGAAGUAAACAGCUUUGCUGAUGAUCUGGGAGCCAUCAGUCAGAUACAAGGCAGUUAUGAUGUGACACGCUAUGAAAAUAUUUUCUCCCUGUGCUGGGUUCUGGAACAGCUUCUUCAAAAGGAAAACAAAGAAGGUAGCACCUCGAGUAAAGGGCAUCAUGACCAAGAAGUCAAGAAAUUUCUUCAGAAGCACGAUGAAACAAUUUUUCAACUCUCUGAUGCAUUUCCUUUAUUUACUUUUUAUUUAUGGAGACUAGGCAUUCUCUUGAAUUCAGCAGAGGUAAAAAAUGUUGGAAAUAACUCACAUCCUUAGCAAUUUACCAAAUAUGAGAACCAUACUAAAACUGAAUAUAUGAAGAUACUGUGUUCAAAAUAUUUUUAAGAUAAGUUUUAAAUUAAUCUCUAAACAUAAUCAUUAAAUCAAUUUAAUGAUUAGUCUUAAAUUGUGCAUAAAAGAUCAUAAGUCUUAUUUCUGAAAUCAUCUAGUUUCUAUUGAGAAUGCCCUCCUAAUUCCCAUGUGACUGACCAUAUUUUACAAAAUGUAAUUCAAUAUAGUCCAUCUCUUUUUUUCUCUGAAAUGGGCAUUGAUUAUCUGUCUCAUGAAAUAUUUUAAAUUGUGAAAGAUCUCCAUGUGAUAGAUACUAAAUGUAAUGAAAUGGAUUUUAAAGAUUUUGUUACUUCAUCAACAAAAAGAAUUUAAAAAAGAAGUAAUAAAUGCAAUUUUUAAAACUUUUUUCUUAUAUAGUUGUACUUACAUCAUUGUCAUCUUAGGAAGGACUCACAUGGAAGGAGAAGAGUUUUUAACAUUUGGAAACUUAAUGGCCUUUAAUUUUAUAUAACCAAUGUAUUUGUCAGAUCUUUCAGAAAGCACUAAUACUUGUUUAAAUGUUCUGUGUUUGAUUUUCAAAAAAUUAUUUGUUUUGAUUCUGUUGAUUACAUGUUAUAGUAUUGCUAUUAAAAUAUAGUAAAGUCAUAUAAAAUUAGGUUAUAUGGAUAAAUUUAUAAAUUCUAAUAUCAUACCGAGUGUCCACACUCUAUGACUGAAACUAAUUGACUAAAGGAUA